AUGGUUGCGGGUCGUAACGUGCUUUUUCCGAUCGAUGCCAGCGAGAAUUGUGAGAGGGCAUUCAAGUGGUAUGAAGCCAACCUACGAAAGCCUGAUGACCUCGUUUUCUUUGUUCAUGUAAUCGAACCUGUGUAUACAACUCCAGCGAUUGGCUUGGCCAUGGAGUCGCCUCCUCUCAUGGUGGAUGACAUGACACGGGUUAUGGAGGAGAGCAUAGCGGCGGGCAAGAAACUUGGGCAAAAGUAUAUGCAGAUGGCUAAAGAGAGCAAUUUGGACUGCAAAGCCUUUCUCCAUGUGGACACGAAAGCUGGUGCGGCGAUUGUAAAAUCCGCUGUAGACCAUCAGGCAGACAUAAUCGUCAUUGGUUCCCGUGGACUUGGAGCCAUUAAGCGUACCUUCUUGGGCAGCUUCUACACGGAGAAUCUGCAUCGAGAUGAUGAUACGGUUAUUUUUCUCCAUGUGAUUGAACCCAACCCAAAGGUUAAUUCGAUUAACGCUGCAAAGGAUGAAGACUCCGAAGUCCUCGAAAUGCCUUCUCAGUUGCAGAAAUCAGUAGAUUCCGGGAAAGCUCUAGGCCACAAAUACCUCGCAUGGGGUAGAGAGGCGGGAUUUGAUGUGAAGGCUUUUGUGCGUUCGGACUCGAAACCUGGCGUUGCCAUUAUGAAGGCAGCAAGGGAGCUUGAUGUAGACCACAUCGUUGUCGGAAGUCGCGGACUCAACGCCCUCGGACGAACGUUGCUGGGCAGCUCCUUCCGCCGACCUGGAGACGAACUUCUUAUCCUUGCGGUGGUUGAGCCCACACUACCGAUGCGCGAAUCGCAGAAUGUGGGAGUUGGAUCAAAUGACCCGCUGGUAGAGGCUGCAAUGAUGGGUGGGCGGACCGUUGUACGGCGGUUUCUACGUUGGGCGCACGAACUUGGUCUACCCUGUCGCGGUCUUGUACAGUUGGACAUCAGUCCGGGCUUCAGGAUCGUGCGUACUGCACGUGAACGAGGUGUCCACACCAUUCUGAUUGGACCUCGUGUAAGAGUCUCUAACGACUUUGAGAGGCAUGAGUUUGAUAGUAUAACUGAGUACGUGUUGCGGAAUUGUCCAAACAUCACUCUGACUGUCGUUCCUCCCUCUACAGACGAUAGGCGAGCGGAGAAAAACUUGCGCAUUUAUGAUAGCAUUAAUUACUCCGUCACAAUCAUGUCGGUCGUUGGCAGCGAGGAAAGUCGGAGGGUUCGCAAGAUCCUCUUCCCCAUAGAUGACAGCGAAAAUUGUUCUAUCGCGUUCAAGUGGUACCUUAACUAUGUCAGAUUACCUGGCGACUUCAUCACAUUCGUGCAUGUUGUGGAGCCACUCUACACGUCAGGUGAAAUGCGAAUCGACAUGGAAAAUCCGGAAGUGCGGUUUGAGGACGUUCCCAAAACCGUUGAGAGUGUAAUGAACAGAAGUAAGGCCCUAGGGUUGAAUUAUAUGAGCUUGGCCAAGGAGGCUGGUCUGGAGUCAAGGGCUUUCCUUCACGUGGAUACUCAACCUGGUCGGGCCAUCCUCACUUCUGCAAAGAACCACAACGUCGAUAUGAUCGUAAUGGAGUCAAAAGGUCAGGGCAUUUUGUCUGGCGCAUCCCUAAGUCGUGUUUCAGAUUAUGUUGUACACAAUUUAACUGUUCCUGUCGUCAUUGUGCAUGCGGAAAAGGGCUGA